AUGAUUCUGACGAAGUUGGCGUUGCGCAUCGUCGCUCUGGCAUCGCCACAAGCGGUCCGCCGGGUGUGUUCACUACGGUACGCUCUGCGGGUGCUGGUGGCCGCCGACCAUAACCUGGCGUUGGACGCGCUUAUCUCCUCAAAAUUGGUGCUGCUCAAGCUGCUGGACGACUCUAACAAGCCGAGCAAGGACCCUGCUCCUGCCCCCGAGCCUGAGGAGAAAAAGGAUACCCCAAAACAGCCCGAAGAAGAUAAACCCCAGCCGGAAAAUGACCCCGUAAAGGAUGGGGAACCGGACAAACUGCCACUGCCGGGUGAAGAAGACAUUGAAAUUGUCGUGGUGAAGCAUAAGGGUCCCAAAAAGGGCUCCGAUGCCCCCGCCGCCGCCGCCGCUGGUGGUGCUGGUGCCCCGCCGCCUCCUCCCGAUGGUGGCAAUAAUAAUAGCCCUCCCAGUCGCCCCGACUCGGAGAUUGACCGCAUACCGAUACAGAUCAAUCCUGAUACUGGCUACUACCCGCCCGUGCUUGCCAUCUCGAUGAAGGACCGUAUUCCGAUCCCAGGCAGAGCAUUUUCGAUCAAUAUCGUUGACCCUGAAGUGAUCUCAGCCGUGCAUACUAUUAUCGAUAACCGUGAGCCUUACUUCGCUUUAUUCCACGCUAAGGAUGAAAGUAACCCCAAUACUGACGUGAUUGAACUGCGCGAUAGUGUAUACAAUAUGGGGGUGUACUGUGAAGUUAUCCGUUUACUUCUGCCGAAACCGGGUUGGCUUAACAUCGUCGGUUACCCUGUUCAACGGUGUCAAUUGAAGGAGCUUAAGACUCGUGACGAAAACCUUACUGAAGUGGUCGACGAUAGUGUACCUCUGGGAUACCUUAAGGGCUUAAACGUGUCCACUGCCGUCAUCCAGCCCACUGCUGACGAACCGUUCGACAAGAACCUGACGGAAAUUGCUCUGCUUGUUGAGCUGAUUCGUGUGCUUGUCACUCAAUUGGCGCUGAAGAACCCGUCGCAAAAAGUGGUCUACCGUGAACUUACGCGUUACUUGGACAAGCCUGAUGAGUUGGCUGACUACGUGGGGUCGCUGGUGUACGGUGACGUCAAGACUAUCCAAGAAUUAUUGGAAUCGCUUAAUGUCGAACAACGGUUGUCUAAAGUGUUUGAAUUGUUGAAGGUUGAAGUCAAGGCGCUGAUGAUUAAGGAAAACACUAUCCACAACCUCAGCUCUAAAGCCGACGAGUACCAGACUCGUCUCUUCAUUAAGGAGUUCAUCAAGGAGUUACAAAAGCGUGCCGGCAUCUCGGAGACGGAAAACUCCAAGACCUCCAAAUUCGACGCUCGCCUUAAAAACUUGCAUAUGACUGAAGAGGCCAUGGAGGCUUACCAAUCGGAAAAGCAAAAGAUGGAACUGCAAAACGAACACCUGAGCGAACUCGGGGUUCUGGAGCGGUACUUGGACUGGUUGACGCUGAUCCCGUGGGGUAUCUACUCCAAGGACCGCUUCAAUAUUCGUGAAGCUAAACAAAUUCUAGACCGUGACCACUACGGGCUUAAAGACGUCAAGGAACGCAUCCUUGAAUUUAUCUCGAUGGGCCGUGUCUCCGGUAAAGUCGAUGGUAAGAUCUUGUGUUUAGCUGGUCCUCCUGGUACUGGUAAGACCUCGAUCGCCAAACUGAUUGCCGAAGCCUUGAACCGUAAGUACGUCCGUAUCGCUAUGGGUGGUAUCCAGGACGUCCACGAAGUUAAGGGGCACAGACGUACCUACGUGGGGCUGAUUCCUGGUCGCAUUAUCCACGCUCUCAAGCAAGCCAAGACGCUGAACCCGCUCAUGUUGAUUGACGAAAUCGAUAAGCUCGACUUGCUGCGCUCGGGUGGUGCGGCGCUGGCGUUCCUCGAAAUCUUGGACCCUGAACAAAACAACGCCUUUGUCGAUAACUACAUCGACGUCAAGGUUGAUUUGUCGAAGGUAUUGUUUGUGUGUACUGCCAACUACUUGGGCAACAUCCCUGCUCCCUUGCGUGACCGUAUGGAGAUCAUCGAUGUUAACGGUUACACCAACAAUGAAAAGGUUGAAAUUACUAAGCGCCAUUUGAUCCCCGAUGCCCUGAAGAAGGCCGGUCUCGAAGGCAACCACGUCAACAUUUCCGAUGCUACCAUCACCAGACUCAUUGAAAAGUACUGUCGUGAACUGGGGUUGCGUAACAUCAAGAAGCUCAUUACGCGGAUCUUCUCCAAGGCGUCGCUUAAGAUCGUCGAACAAGUGGAAGAACGUGAUGUUGAUGCCGCCAAGACCGAGGAAGCUGUUGAAGAGACUAAGGCUAAGUCGAAGUCGGUGAAGAAGCUGCCUGAAGCCACUACUGCUGCUACUGCGACUACUAAUGCGACUGCGGAAGAACCGGUGGCUAAGGAAGCUGAAACUUCGACGACUACCAAGGAACCGGUGGUUGAGGAAAUUGACCAAGAACCCACUACCUCCACCGAGGUGCCGAAGAUGACCAUCCCUGAAGACAUCAAACUUGACGUUACCCCCGAAAAUUUGAAGGACUACGUUGGCCCCGAAAUCUACACUCGUGACCGGGUGUACGAGUUGCCUCCUCCCGGGGUGGCCACGGGUCUUCUGUACUCGAGCUCGGGUAACGGUGACGCUCUCUACAUCGAGUCGAUCUUGACCCACUCCAUCGCGCUGGGUCUGGGUCAAGCCGGCGUCCACGUCACCGGUUCGUUGAAGGAUGUGAUGAAGGAACUGGCUCUGAUUGCCUACUCGUUUGCCAAGCUGUACAUGGUGAAGAACUUCCCCGAGAACCGCUUCUUCGAGGCGGCAGAGAUCCACGUGCACUGUCCCGAUGGCGCCAUUCCCAAGGACGGGCCGCUGGCGGGUAUUUCAUUCACGUCGUCGCUCAUGUCAUUGGCGCUUAACCAGCUGUUGCCGCCUACAGUAGCGAUGACGGGUGAAAUCACCGUCACUGGUCGCGUGUUACCUGUCGGCGGGUUGCGUGAGAAGAUCUUGGGGGCCAAGCGUUACGGGUGUGACACCAUCAUCUUCCCCAAGGACAUUGCCAACGAACUUGACGAGAUCCCCGAAGAAGUGAAGGAGGGUGUUAAAUUCAUCCCCGUGGAAUGGUACCAGGAGGUGUUCGACAACUUGUUCCCUACGGUGACCAAGGCCAAGGGCAACCUGGUGUGGAAGAAGGAGUUUGACGAGCUUGAUGAGAAAAAGAAGAAGAAGGUUAGCGUGUAA